AUGGAGAGUGGGCUCUUGUUGCUCGCAUUUCUAUCAACUUUGGUUACAGUUCACCAAUUCCACAUUAUUCAAGCUCAAGAAGGUAUAAGCAUUGACUGUGGAACAACGGGUUCCUACGUGGACUCCAACAAUGUAACAUGGGUCGGAGAUAAAGGCUUCGUCACCACCGGCGAGUCCAUUAAUAUCACGGACGUCGUCAAAAAACCGAUCAAUACCCUCCGGUACUUUCCAACAGGUCAAACAAAUUGCUACACCAACAUUCCAGCGACAAAAGGCCGGACCACCCUCGUGAGGACGAAAUUUUACUACAAAAACUAUGACGAGAAUUACUCGCCACCAUCUUUCGACGUGGUUUACGAUGGGAAACACCGUAAUUCUAUUGCUAUGACAGUUGACUCGUUGUUCAGCGACGAGGAAACAUUCCAUUACUCUGAGGUGAUAUUUGCUCCGGCGAAUGAGAAUAUCAGCGUUUGCCUCGUCCGUACGUCUCCGUCCGAUAACCCUUUUAUAUCUUCCAUUGAAGUUUACCGCUUCGAUGCCGGCAUGUAUGACGAUCUUGGUCCUGAAGAAGGUUUCAUUCUCUAUAAAAGAAAUGCGUACGGUGCCACAAAGCUUAUAAGCUACCCGUUAGAUCCUUACGGUAGGCUAUGGUCCCCAAAAGGGUCCCAAGACUAUCCCGGACUGAUCGAUCUUACAACCUCAGCCCCAUCCAUAGAUAUCACCGGAGCGUUGAACAAACCGCCAGAGAUUGUUAUGACGAAGGCAAUGUCAGGAGACGGCUUUAUAAUGUCCGGCCUGAAUCUCCCCUCUACCCUUCUACCGGUAUACUUAGCUCUUUACUUUUCAGAGCCUCAGAGUCUAGGUCGGACCCAAAAACGAUCGUUCACCGUUUUCUUGGACGGCAUGCAAGUGGGUUCACAUCCCAUAGUACCAGUUUUUGGGAAAGCGACUCAAGUCGUUUUAAGAGAUAUAAUGGCCAGUUCGGAGUCCCAGUUAGUUUUUAAGUCAACCGAUGACUCGGGUUUGCCGACCAUCAUCAGUGGUUUGGAGGUCUAUUCGAUAAGUAACUACAAGGACCAUGGAAGCGGAGGCGGGGGCCAAAGCGGCAGUAGUAAUAAUGGUAAGUUUUUAUUGAACCUAUGUAAAUGUUUUAUUAAUAACUUUUUUUCCUGGUCAAUUAAACAAAUUACAUCACAUCCAAAAAUUCACAAGAUUUUCCCAAGUUUUAGUAAACAACCAAAAGGUAAUAAGUUAAAUUUAAAGAAGUACUAUUUUGAAGAUAGUGAAUGUGUUUUCAUUUUCUGA